AUGGAAGGAGGAUUCAUAAAUUUAAUCGAAGAUGGCGGAGUUAAGAAAAGAAUCCUUUAAGAAGGUUAAGGAGAGAUGCCUAUAGAUGGAUCUAGAUGCAAAAUUUUGUUUAAAGGAACUUUGGAUGAUGGAACCAUAUUUGAUUCUUCAUUAGACAAAGAGAGACCCUAUAAAGUCAGAAUUGGAAAUGAAAUAUUAAUUAAAGGAUUUGACAUUGCUUUAAAGUCGAUGAAAGUUGGAGAAAAGGCCGAAUUGAAAAUCACUCCAAAUUAUGGAUACGGUAAUGAAGGAGAUUAAUAUAAAAAUGUUCCAAAAAAUGCUAAUCUCACUUAUGAGAUAGAAUUACUCAAUUUCAAAGAUGGUAAAAAGUAGAAAUGGUAAACCAAAUAAAUACUUAUUUAGGGAAUUGACUAUUGAGGAAAAGCAGCAGGAAGCUAUGAAUAAACGAACUAAAGGAACAGCACUCUUUAAGCAACAAAAUUAUAAAGAAGCCUAAAAGAUUUACAAGAAAGCUCUCUCUUAUUGUACUCUAACUACUGCAGAAGGCAAUGAGUUAAAAGCAAGUUUAUAGCUUAAUCUAUCAAUUUGCUCUUAUUAAUUAGAAUAAUAUAAAGAUUCAAUUGACUAUGCUAAGAAAGCCCUUGAUCUAAAGACUAAUCAAUAAUAAAAAUUAAAAGCCUUGUAUCGAAAAGCCCUUGCUAACAUUAAAACUAAUGAAUUGGAUGAAGCUUUAGCUGAUUUAAAAGAUGCUUUAAAAAUAGAUUCUACAAACUCUGCUGUGAUUGAAGAAUUAUCAAAGGUGAAGUAAUUACUAAAGGGAACAAAGAUGAAAGAAAAGGAAAUUUAUUCUAAACUGUUCUAACAAUAACUGUAUGAUGAAUCUGAAAUUGAACCCAAGGAAAUCGAAAUAAAGGAUGCUAAAUCUGAAUGCUCAAGUCUUUGUGAUCCAAAUGAAAAAAUAGAAGAAGAAAACCAAACUAAACCAACAGAUGAAAAUUUAGAAGUCUAAAAACUAAAAACAGAUAAUAAUGAUAAUUGUAGAAUUAUCAGCGAAGAAUAAGCACCUGUUUGAAUCUUGAUGAAAAUUUAAUUUUAUUUUGCUAUAGCAUUAUUUCUAAAAUGUAGAACGAGUCUAUUUAUAAUGAUUAGAAGUACUCAAAAACUGUUUUAUUAUUUAUGAUAUUAUGAUUAGAUAUUAAGAAGUUUGUUACCUUAGAUGGGAUUAUUGCAUAUUUUUUGUAAAAAUUUAUAACUUUAGAAACUGUUA